AUGGCUGGUGAUCCUUUGAAGCGCAAUCAGAACCUAUAUUGCACGUACCAUCAGGAGCCAGGUCACACCACUGAUGAUUGCAGGAACCUGAAGAAUUAUUUGGACCGGCUCGUCCGAGAAGGGAAGCUGAGACAUCUGCUGCAUCGCCUUGAAGGGUGGCAGGAACCAUCAAACAAUGAAACCAGACAAAGCACGUUGAGGCCACCCAUUGGCACAAUUAAUGUCAUUCUCGCCGCACCUGGAAGGACAGGCUCCAUCCCCUUCAGGGUAAUGUCAGUAAGCAGUUUCCCAACUGAGCUAGACGACAGUGAAUCCAAGAGAGCUAGAAUGGGUGCCACGCCAUUAAUCGGGUUCACGGAGGAAGACAAACAAGGAACUAUUCAACCCCACGAUGACGCCUUAGUCGUUACGCUCAUAAUAGGAGGUUAUGACAUGAAAAGGGUGUUAGUUGAUCAAGGCAGUGCCGUGGAGGUAAUGUACCCUGAUUUGUAUAAGGGACUGAACUUGAAGCAGGAAGACCUGUCGCCAUACGAUUCCUCCCUGGUUAGCUUUGAAGGAAAGAUUGUCAUCCCGAGAGGCAUGAUAAGGUUGCCCGUGCAAACAGACUCAGAUGUGGUAGAAGUGAACUUCAUUGUCGUAGAUGCAUACUCCCCUUACCCAGCUAUCGUGGCCCGGCCAUGGCUUCAUGCACUAGGGGCUGUGUCGUCAACCUUGCACCAAAAAGUGAAAUAUCCAUCAGGAGGUCAGAUCAAAGAGAUAAUAGGGAACCAGGGAAUGGCUAGGCAAUGCAUGGUGUCGGCAAUCUCACGACGGCUGGAUAGCGAACCUUCCACUUCAGCCGAGAACGGCUUAUAG